AUGUCUUUGCCCCGCCCAGCUCUUAUCAGCAUCGCUUCUGCUCAUGGAACACCGUCCGGGGGAAAGGAAACCACUGGUCUCUUUAUUAGCGAAGCGCUGCAUCCUUACAAUGUCUUGAAGGCCGCUGGUUUCGAAGUUGAUCUCGCAUACGAAACUGGUGCAUACACCCCCGACUGGCUUUCAAGACAGCCAGAUUUUCUCAAUGGCGAAGACCUGAAGAUUUGGAAUGAUACCAGCAGCGAAUUCCGCACGAAGCUCGAUAACAUGCCGAAAGCCGCCGACCUCGACGGUAACGCUUAUGGGCCUUUCUACGCCUCUGCUGGCCAUGCUGCGCUCAUCGAUUAUCCCACGGCCUCUUCUCUUCAGCAAAUUGCAGCGGAAGUCUGGGGAAAUGGAGGGGUCGUCUGUUCUGUUUGCCACGGGCCUGCACUUUUUGCCAACCUUAUUGAUCCGACCACCAAUGAGCCCCUUAUUAAGAACAAGAGGAUUACUGGGUUCACGACGGAAGCCGAAACCUCCAUGGGCGGUGCCGAGAUGGUGGAGGAGACUGCAAUUCGACUUGGUGCGACAUAUGUACGUGCCCCUGGUAUCUGGGACGACUUCCACGUGGUUGAUGGUCACCUAGUGACAGGCCAGAGCCCAGCCAGCGCUACAUCCACUGCUCAAGCUGCCGUCCAGGUUUUCGAUAGCGCCUGA